CGUGUGAUGUAAUAAGAUCCAGGUGGAACAUCCAGCCAUCCAGCAGCAAACUCUGUCUAUAGGAUCAGGAAGUAGAGUUCAAGAUGUGCCUGUGCAUCAAAAUGAAGCUUGGAGAGCAGAGUAAGCUGCAGGAGGUGAAGGGGGGCGCUAAUGCAUUUUGGAGCAUGCUCAAUAGGCUCCUUCUUCAGACCUGCAGAGGCACAUCCUGGACUCUACUUCCUGAUCCUAUAGACAGAGUUUGCUGCUGGAUGGCUGGAUGUUCCACCUGGAUCCAC